CCGCUGCUAACCACUGGAUUGUCCUUUGGCGCUUGCCGUAGAAUGAUACGCGUCAUAGGUCAAAGUUGAAAGUGCUGAAAACAGAAACAACAUGGAGACCGAGGAUGGAGGAAGCAGCGGUAAAACCUCUAAAAAGGGUGAGAAACACGUCCAGUCACUGGCCGCUGAAGAAGAAGCAAGAAGGAGAGAGGUAGUAAGGGAGAAGUUAAGGGAGAAGUUUGAUUUGGAGAAAAGAGCCCUGAUGGUAGUGGAGCGUCUCCUGGAGGACCGGGUGGCUGAAGACUUCCUGGUUGACUGUGCAAGGUUCAUCACUCCUCCUAAUUACAAAGAUACUAUAGAGGAGAGAUCCAUUGCUAAACUGUGUGGUUAUCCUUUAUGUUCAAAUAAACUGGGCAAGAUACCAACUCAGAAGUAUAAAAUCUCUACUAAGACCAACAAGGUGUACGACAUCACAGAGCGCAAGUGUUUCUGCAGUAACUUCUGCUACAAAGCCUCCAAAGAGUUUGAGCUACAAAUCUCGAAUACACCCCUUUGGCUCAGGCAGCAUGAGAGUCCUCCAGAAAUUAAAUUGAUGAAGAAAGGAGAUGGCGGGAGUACUGGUGAGGAGGUGAUGCUGUUGGAGAGGGGUCUCCAAGAAGAGGAUGUGGAGAACCCACUUGCUGCUCAAUCCGUGGACCCUCACAGCUCGCUGCAGGGUUCUGCUGCAGACGGCCUCAGCCACAGUGAAAGCAGCGACAUUGAACAGGAGCAGGACUUUGUCUCCAGCGUGGUUUCCCCGCGGCAUGGACCCAGGGUGCACUGGGGUGACCUGCCUAAACAAACAGAUGAAGACAAGAAAAAUGAUCAUGGGAAGAAGGAGCGGCGAAAAAAACAGAGGAGAAACGGCGAUGAAAAGGAGGUUGAGGGUCAUCGAAGUCAGGGCACAGAAAGGGAGGGGAAAAUGACAGAAGAUGAGAAUAGACAGGAGUCAUUUUCUAGUAAAACAGAAGUUGGAACUGAUGCUGAAAAACGGCUGCACUCAUCAAACACAGAGAACCUCAUUGGAGAGCACGGGCCAGAGGAGAGAGCCCUUCCCAAUGAACCCAGUCUGGAAGAGGCUACAGCUAAGCUGAAUUUGUACAAUUUAUCUGAGACGGUCACUCACACUGCUCCCCCACCUGUUGUCUUAACAGCCAAACAACCAGAAAACACAAAUCUACUUACUUCUCCACCGUGUAAAGACUCAAACAGCUCAACAGAAAGCAUACAUCUCCCUUCUUCAUCUCUGAUCAACACGAAUCAUGACGGCCAUGAUACGGCAUUGACCAGCCAGCCAGGCCUAAACAUCACCCAGGUGGGUAUGAGCAGGAGGGGGGCAGCAGGGCUACGAGAACUCCUCAAGAACCAGACUGCUGCAGCCAAACCCGACUACAUCCGGCUGAAUCUCCUCGAGUGCCUGAGGAGAACGUUAAAGGACUGGAGCACAGACGAGACCCUGAUGUUCCUGUACGGUGCUGACCAUUCGCUACACUCGCCUUUUGCUGAUGUUAAAGAAGAAGAAAACGUAGGGGAGGAAGAGGAGGAGCUGGAUGAAGACGACCUUGAGGAUGAGGUGACCGAUGAGGAUGCAGAAGGGGUUGGUGGUGGUGGUGGUGGGGUGCAGAAAACACCGUCUGCCGCAGCUCCAGACUACAAAAAGCUGCAGCAAGAGACCCAGCAGCUGGAGCUUAGAGUCAGGGAGUUUUAUAAGGGGACCUGGAUUCUACCUGAGGAGCCGCAUGGAAGCAAGGGGACAGUCCAGGGCGAGAGCACAAAGGACCCAGCUCUGCCGCUGGUCGACUCUCAUGCUCAGCACCUCAUCCAGAAACGAAUCACAGUGGAGAAGCUCACCAGCAGUCUCAGAAACAUUGUCGGUCCUCUGUGUCUCACCAUGAAUGACUUCUCCACUGACCUGAAAAACCUGGUCAGGACAUUCAGGUUCACUAACAAAAACAUCAUCCACAAAACUCCAGAAUGGACCCUCCUAGGAGUUGUGCUUCUCCAUCUGUUGUCGGAGGUGUCUCCGGUGGUACGAGAAGCCUUGGAGACGCCAACAUCAGCGGAGUAUUUGAACACACUGAUGGAGGAGCUCGGUCUACAGCAGCAGGACCUUCUUGGCGUAGUCCAGAUGUUUAAAACCCCGGCACACUGACAGACACACACACACACACACACAGCCAGACAUGGACAUAUGAAUGAUAAAAAAAUAAGAUCACUGACUGAAUGAAAUACAUAUGUGGGCAUCCAGCAUUUUUCUAUAAUGUUUGUUUUCCACAAAUAAAGUUGUUUGUAAUAACU